AUGACCCAAUGAUCUUCUGUCACCAUCAAGUCAGGAGGCACUCGGAACUUCAGCGCUUCUUCGGCCAGCCUCCUCCCAGGCUGCCAGCCUAGCUUCAGCUCUGUCUCUGUGUCCCAGGGCGAGAAGAGCUUUGGGGGCAGCUUUGGGGGUAGCUUCGGGACCAGGAGCCUCCACAGCUUUGGGGGUAACAAGAGAAUCUCCAUCAGUGGAGGCUAUCGCUGCAGCCGGGCUGGCGGUGGGGGCGCCAGCUAUGGGCUGGGUCUCGGAGGCAUGGGCUACAGAGCCGGGGGAGCCUUCAGGGGGUACAGAUUUGGAGGCGGGAUGAUGUCUGGCUCUGGGGGCAUGCAGGAGGUCACUGUCAACCAAAGCCUCCUGACUCCCCUCCACCUGGAGAUUGAUCCCUCCCUCCAGUGGGUGCGAAAGAAGGAAAAGGAGCAGAUCAAGACCCUCAACAACAAGUUUGCCUCCUUCAUUGACAAGGUGCGGUUCCUGGAGCAGCAGAAUAAGGUCCUGGAGACCAAAUGGAGCCUCCUGCAGGAGCAUAAAGCCACCAGGGCCAACAUCGAGCCCAUGUUUGAAGCCUACAUCAGCAGCCUGAGGCGGCAGCUGGACUGCCUGGGUGGCGAGCAGAUGCAGUUGGAGACGGAGUUGAAGAACAUGCAGGACGUGGUGGAAGACUUCAAGAACAAGUAUGAAGAAGAAAUCAACAGGCUCACAGUGGCGGAGAAUGAGUUUGUGGUGCUCAAGAAGGACGUGGAUGCUGCCUACAUGAACAAGGUGGAGCUGGAGGCCAAGGUGGAUGCCUUAAUGGAUGAAAUCAACUUCCUGAGAGCUUUCUACGAUGCGGAGCUGGCUCAGCUUCAGGCCCAGAUCUCCGACACGUCCAUGGUGCUGUCCAUGGACAACAACUGCAAGCUGGACCUGGACAGCAUCAUCUCUGAGGUCAAGGCCCAGUACGAGGACAUCGCCAACCGCAGCCAGGCUGAGGCCGAGUCCCGGUACCAGACCAAGUACGAGGAGCUGCAGCGGUCUGCUGGCCUCCAGCAUGGGGAUGGGGAUGACCUCCGCACCACCAAGAUGGAGAUCUCCGAACGGAACCGCAUGAUGCAGAGACUGCGCUCCGAGAUUGAUAACGUGAAGAAGCAGAGUGCCACGCUCCAGAACGCCAUUGCGGAUGCCGAGCAGCGCGGGGAGCUGGCCCUCAAGGAUGCCAAGCACAAGCUGGCCGAGCUGGAGGACGCUCUGCAGAAGGCCAAGCAGGACAUGGCCCGGCAGCUGCGCGAGUACCAGGAGCUCAUGAACGUCAAGCUGGCCCUGGACAUCGAGAUCGCCACCUACCGCAAGCUGCUGGAGGGCGAGGAGUGCAGACUCACUGGGGAAGGCGUCGGACCCCUGAACAUCUCCGUGGUCUCCUCCAGCGGGGGCACAGGCUACAGCUCGGGCGGCGGCCUCUGCCUGGCCGGAGGCGGCGGCUACAGCUGCAGCCUGGGCUACGGCUCCGGGGCCGGCUUCAGUUCUACCAGCAGCUCCAGCAUGCGCAUCAUCUCCAAGACGUCGUCCACCAAGAAGAGUUACAGGAGCUAAAGGGCCCCGCCCGCCUGGGCUGCCGCCCCCCUCAGGCGCUGCCCGAUCCCCAGCCCUAAGGCCUGCCACUUUGCUGAUGCCCCAUGGGCAAAAUCAACA